AUGCGGGCGCCAGGCCGGGGACCCCGCGGGCCGCCGCUGACCAUGCCCGGGCGCCGGGGGGCGCUGCGCGAGCGGCCCGGCUGCGGCUCCUGCCUGGGGGCGGCGCUGGCCCUGCUGCUGCUCCUGCUGCCCGCCGGCUGUCCCGUGCGGGCGCAGAAUGACACGGAGCCCAUCGUGCUGGAGGGCAAGUGCCUGGUGGUGUGCGACUCUAGCCCCUCGGCGGACGGCGCCGUCACCUCCUCCCUGGGCAUCUCCGUGCGCUCCGGCAGCGCCAAGGUUGCCUUCUCUGCCACGCGCAGCACCAACCACGAGCCGUCCGAGAUGAGCAACCGCACCAUGACCAUCUACUUCGACCAGGUAUUAGUCAACAUCGGCAACCAUUUCGAUCUCGCCUCCAGUAUAUUCGUAGCACCGAGAAAAGGGAUUUAUAGUUUCAGCUUCCACGUGGUCAAGGUGUACAACAGACAAACCAUCCAGGUCAGUUUAAUGCAGAACGGCUACCCAGUGAUCUCCGCGUUUGCAGGGGACCAGGACGUCACCAGAGAAGCCGCCAGCAAUGGUGUCCUGCUGCUGAUGGAAAGGGAGGACAAAGUCCACCUCAAACUGGAGAGGGGCAACCUCAUGGGAGGCUGGAAGUACUCCACGUUCUCGGGGUUCUUGGUUUUCCCGCUAUAAAGGCAGAGCCCCCCCGGAUGGUGGGGAAGUUGCUGUCCGGACCCAGGAAUCCACCCUCCCUCACACCCUGAACUCGCCAGAACAGGACAACUUGUCUCCAGCCUCCUCCAUCAGAAGGUUGCGGUAGAAGAGUGAUUUCCUUCUCAACCUCCAGUAUUUUCUUUGACUCUUGAGCAUUCCUCGGGAACCUGGCCUCUAAUUAGUUUUAGACGACAAGGUCUUAAGGAGAAAUGAAAUGAUCGAUCUAAGCAAUUUGUCCCUGUGAUUGUAAAGUCAAUAUCGGAUUCCAUUGUUGGGACCAUUGACUCUUCUUCUGUUUGUACGUGGUGUCGCUGUCCCCCUGGGAGGAGCACGGCCGACCCCGGGCUGGACUGCAGGCGCGGCUCAGAGCAAGAGCCCUGCACAUCACCGCCCGCCCGACGGUCCCUGAAACCUGUUCCCUGUGUGUCUGUUCAGCCUUAAGAGAAAGAAUGGCUUCUCUUUCAUUCUGUAUUUUCCCCCUGGUGGAUGGGAGGACUUGGGAGGGGGACCGGGACAUUGCGUCAAGAAGUGCUUUAUCCGGAGAAGCAAAUUUUGCACGACUGGACUGCGACUUUUGUUUUGUAUUGUUUGUGUCUGUGUGUGUGUGUGUGUGUGUGUGUGUGUGUCCCACCAACCCCCUCGAGAAGCUUUACUUUUCUUCCCACACUCAGCCCUCCCUCCUCACCCCUGCUUUUAUUUUUUGUGCUGGGGAGAGGAGAGAAAAUGUGGGCUGAAGUCCUGGAUGAGACCAAACAAAACAAAACAAAACAAAAAAUACCUGUGUAUUUUGUUUUGGAUGAGACCAAACCAAACAGAAGGUACCUGUAUGUCAAAGUGAAAAUGACAGAUGGACAUUUCAAAGAGAUUCUCUCAGAUGCACUUUUAGAACUAACCACCUGGAAUUUUGUUUUUUUCCUUUGAUUUACGUUCUGGAAUACUUUUAAGAGCCUGACGUUCUUGGGUGGCACUGAAUCGUGUCAGAUGAGGAUGGAAGCUGUGAUGACCGAGGCCCAGAUCACAUGGUUUCUUUGCCGCGUGCACCUGGGUCUCCCAGGCAGUGUGGUUUUGUUCAUUUGGAUCCGCCUCUGCCUCCGGGUGAGCACAUGCGAUCAGGUGCUCAAAGUCAAUGGUACCCACCUGCUCCUCCCUCCAGGAUCCUCUUCUGGUCUGCAGAGGCAAGAGGGUGUCCACACUCUCCUGCGAGCACCCGGCGGGAAGCCACCUGGAUGUCGCAGCGGUUUGAAGGUAUUGGCCGAGGCGCCCUGCAAGCAGCUUCCCAGAUCUUCCUUGUUUUGGCACCUUGUGCAACAGUAUUAUUAAAUCACAGCUGAGAGUUGAUGGGUGCAGGAUUCGUCCGCCAAGGACAUGGCACUGAUCCCAAAGCAAUCAAAGAAGAGACCUCAAACCGGAUGUUACUCUGUCCUUUGUGUAACAAAUGUAACCAAAAUAUUGAUGAUAAAAAGUCAUAAUUUAAGAUUCAGAAUAAAUGGGUUUGAUGUCUGGCUUGCUCUCGUCUCCCAACUCUCCAAACCUGUGUAAGUAAAGACCACGGCUCGAGGGCGUGGGGAAAGUCGGCCCAUACUGUUCACUCUUUAGAGAAAUACACAGGAGAACACACACCAAGACACGCACAUCCAGCUGGGGGUCUGGGUGGAAGCUGCCUCUGAAAUAGACCUUUUCACACAGAUUUGGGGGGAGAUGUUAUGUGAAAAAAAAAAAAAAAAGGAUUAAAAAGACCUGACGGGUAGGAAUCUGCUUUUUAUCACAUUUCGUCUUUGAUGCAGUACAAGAUCCAAUCCAAUAUUUCACUCAGAGAUCACAGAUGCACAAGGAACUGACCUUUGAAGAGAGCUUGUAAGAUGUGUAUGAGGAGGCGGCACACUGGGUUUCAUUUUCAGAUAAGAACUGCAGCGGGGAUUCUGCAUAGGGAAAAACAUAGUUGGGCUAAGGGUCGAAGUUUGACUGGCCUUAGGUGAAGAACAUAACAGAAUGCGGAACUGAAUUUGAAUUAAAAUGCUGCUACAUUUUGGGAGGGGAAAAAAAUCAAAAAAUAUCAACCAAAAAGCAUUUGGGGUAUUUUGGCUCAGUGAUGAGAAGACAUACUUCUGAGCAAGUGUUGUUUGUUAAUGCUGGGCUAGUAGUUUCCUGUUUUAUGACCCUUAGUUAUUUAGUCUCUUUCCCUCAUUCCUUUAACUUUCUGUCCAGUUUUAAACAAAGAGCAAGCAGCCCUCCCUAGGCGACGGUGUAGCGCGUGAGAGAUGGGAAGAUACAUAAGUCGUUGCUAUUCAUAUUGCUUACUAAUUUGUCAUAGAUAUUUCUUUGUGUUUACAAAUUUAUCACA